AUAGGACAACAAGUACAUGGAGGAAAUUUGUGCAAAUAGAAAAAAAAUCAGCAUGCAAAAAUACAACUUGCCAUGAAAAAAAAAUCACAUCAUUCGUCGUCAGGUUCUUCCGCCAUUGGAGCUCCAUUUCUCAGCCAAUCCCCAGCUCACACGUGCCAACUCUUCCACAUAUGUUGGUUAGGACAGUGGACACGUGGCAGGAGAGGUGCCACUUGGCACUUUCCCAUUGGGUGAGAUCACUACUCCCUCUCUGCCUAUAAAAACACCAUGGAGCUAGAUAGCAAGCUUUGCUUAUUCACUCAUUCAACUUCCAAAUUAACACGAUUCUUCUUGCUGCGUUUGCUGAUCGAUCGCAAGGUAGAAGAAGAAGAAGAAGAAGCAGCCAUGGAUCGCCAAUGGCGUUGCCUCGCUGCUGCGGCUUCUACUAGUGGUAAUAGUAAGCUUCCUCCGCUGCCGAUGGCGCUGGGCGGCGCCGUGGAGUACGGGCAGCUCGUCCAUGGCGCGGCGGCGCCCGUGGCGCCGUUCUUCGUGGACGCCGAGCAGCAGAGCCUGUCGCCGGCGACGGCCAUGGUUCUUGGCGCCGGGUGGUAUAACUAUAACCUUGUCACGCCGUCGCAGGCGGCGCAGCUGCACCACCGGCUGCGACGGGCGGUGGGCGCGGCGCCGUGCUCGAUGAAGCGGUGCGGUGGCAUGGCGGCGGCGGCGGCGGGGCGGCUUGCGCUGGUGGGGCCGGCGCCGGUGCAGGCGAAGCUGUACCGCGGCGUGCGGCAGCGGCACUGGGGGAAAUGGGUGGCGGAGAUCCGGCUGCCGCGGAACCGGACGCGGCUGUGGCUGGGCACGUACGACACCGCCGAGGACGCCGCGCUCGCCUACGACGGUGCCGCGUUCCGGCUGCGCGGCGACGCCGCCCGCCUCAACUUCCCCGAGCUCCGGCGCGGAGGGCGGCACCACGCGCCGGCGCUCAGCGCGUCCGUCGACGCCAAGAUCCUCCAAGCCACCACCACCACCACGGCGGACACCGCCGCCGCCGCAGCACCGGCGUCGACGAACACCACGCCGCCGCCGUCGCCGCGCGUCGUCAAGACCGAGCCGGGCUGCUGCUCCGUCUCCGAAGCCUCCACGACGACGACGGCCGACGCCGCCGACGUCUCGUCCACAGGGUCUUCCCCAUCCCCGACCUCAUCGAAUCAGGCCGCCACCGCCACGCCGCCGGCGCCGCGGCCGCCGCCGCCGUUGCCGGAGACGAUUCAGCAGCUGGACUUCACGGAGGCGCCAUGGGACGAGGCCGACGGCUUCGCGCUGCGCCGGUAUCCGUCGUGGGAGAUCGACUGGGACGCCAUCCUCUCCUGAUUAAUUUCCUGACGGCUUCAUGCAUGACGUCAGCAUCUGUGUUGUUGUAUUAGUUUUUGUUCCCGAGUGUAUUGGCCUUUGCAGCUACUAGCUUUGAUCUAUCAUCAGUGUCUCCUGGCCUCUGCUGAGUUUGUUUUUUGGUAGAUGGCAUUGUCCAGGAGGAGAUAGACUGAAGAUUACUCAGGCUGAAUUGAUUUGUGUGCAUGUGUGUGGUCAGUUUGUGGCUGUUGCUCUCAUGAACAAAUGCUAUGUGCAAUAUGCCAAAGACAUAGAUACUGCUGCUACUCUUGUGUGAUACAUGUUGUUGUUUGUGGCAUGUGUGUAAUUAGAAAUGCAGUGAUUGAUGCAUCUGCAUACCUUGAAUUGACACAUUGGAUGGAAAGGAA